UUUUUUUUUACUACAAAUCUCAUUAAAUUGUCUUUAUCUCUUAGAGAUUUUUUAGCCUAAAAAAAUCGAUGGUCCACAGUAAAAAAAAAGUCUGGAAGCUAAAUUCAAAGAAUGUCCAGUCUCAAUGGUAUAGAAAAUGGAUUAUAGAGUGGGAAGUUCCUAGAAAAUGUGUUCAUUCUUCUAUAGGAGUAAUUACAUUGGAGUUUUAUAGGCAAAGAUUUGAAGCAACCAUGAUUACACCAUACUUAGUUAUGUUAUUUAUACCAGCAUUUGGAUGUGAUCUUAUACGGUUUUCAGUGCCUAAAUUUAAUCAUAUGUAUAUAGCAAUUCUUGGGCCAUUGAUGAGACAGAAUGAAAUUAAUACAUGGAAUGGAGUUAUUUUUUAUCUUAUAGGUACAUGGACAGUUUUAAUAAUAUUUCCUAAAGAUAUUGCAGUGAUAUCUAUUCUUUUACUUGCCUGGUGUGAUACGGCGGCAUCGACGAUGGGGAGGAUGUAUGGACAUUAUGGACCUUUAAUUCGUCCGGGAAAAUCAUUAAUUGGAACAAUUGCGGCAUGUAUUGUAGGGAUGCUAUCAGUUUAUUUAUUUUGGGGAUGGAUUGCUCGUUUCGAUGAGCCAAAUUUAUCAUGGCAUCCAUCGAGUCGAUUGAAUAUUCAUGGAUUAGCUUUAUUGACGGGAUUAAUUGGAGGAUUUACGGAGCAGCUUGACUUAUGGAAGUUGAAUGAUAAUUGUGUAAUUCCUGUAAUGAGUGGAAGUCUUUUGUAUAUUAUUUUAAAGAGUAUUAGUAUAUAUACUUAA